AUGGCGCGCGAGCACGAUGAUGUCGCGAUCAUGGUGUGUGAUGUGAACAUGCCUCGCAUGGACGGGAUCGCCAUGAUCACGGUGCUCAGAUCGGAGGGGAACGAAACGCCAGUCCUGAUGUUGACGACCGAGGGAGAGCCCGAGCUGAUCGUUCAGGCCAAGAAGGCUGGCGCCAGAGCAUGGAUCAUCAAGCCGUUCGACGAGCGUCUGCUCGUCAAGGCGAUCAAGGGACUGACCGACCAAGGGGGAGCAAACAUCCUGACGAUGCUCUGCGAGCGCGUCUUCGCCGAGGCGCUCCCUGACUGCACGCUCCUCGACACGACAGACCAGGACAGCGAAGAGGUCGAGUUGGUCGCGGUGGUCGGCUUCUCGGGGGAUGACACGCGGGGAGUCCUCGGGGUGUCGGCGCCGCCCGAGCUGCUCGAGCAAUUUCACCCGGCGACCUCGGCGGGAGAGUCCCCGAGCCCCGAGCAAUUGCGCGACUGGGCGGGCGAACUCGCGAACCAGCUUUUGGGUCGCCUCAAGAUCGAGCUCCGUCCUUAUGGCGUGCGGUUUUGGGUGGCGACGCCGGUGGUAUUGCGAGGCGUGAUCGUGAGGAUCAUGAACGCCUCACACGAGCAUAUUCACAAGUACACGCUGACCUCGAACGGGGAGCGGAUACGCGUCUGGCUCGACUUGACACUGGAAGAGGGGAAACACCUCCAACUUGUCGAAGAAGCAGAAGACGCCCGACCCGACAUCAUCUUCGCCUUCUGCUCGAGCGCGCAGGAACCCGCCGAGCUCGUCUCGGAGCUUCGAGAGCGCUACCCAGAAACGCUCGUCGUGGGUUGCACCACAGCCGGCGAGCACCUGAGCGGCAAGCACUUCAAGUCAUCAUGCGUGCUCACGGCCCUGGUCGACUCGGGGGUGCGUUGGAGCGCCACGUUGAUCGAGGAUAUCGCGAACAUCGACGAGGAGAUCGCGCACACCGCGACAGCGGCGCUCUUCGACGAGCUCGACAUCUCGCCCGAUCGCCACUUCGAUCCCGAGCAGUUCUUCUGUUUGCUCCUUGUCGACGGACUCGCCAUGGCCGAGGAGCGCGUCGCGACGUUGCUCGCGGAUGCGCUCGAAGGGGUCAGGCUCGUCGGCGGAUCGGCAGGAGAUGACCUCGCGUUCGAGGAGACGCUGGUGUUCUACGAUGGAGGCGUCCACGCGGGCGCGGCGUGCGUUGUCAUGGGGCACGCCAUCGAGGCAAAGGCCGAGUUCAUCAAGCAUCAGAACUUCGUGGAGACCCCGCGCUCGCUCGUCAUCACGCGCGCCGACCUGGCCACCCGCACCGUGCAUGAGAUCGAUGGCUACCCCGCAGCGCAGGCAUAUGGCGCGGCGCUCGGCCUGCUCCCCUCGGAGCUCUCCGAAGAGGUCGCCAACGUCCACCCCGUGAUGUUCAAGUGCAACGGCGAGAACUACAUGCGCGGCAUCCAGCGCUUUAACGAGGAUGGCAGCAUCACGUUCUACUGCGGCAUCGAGGAAGGAAUGGUGCUCGAGAUCGCGGAUCACGAGGAGAUGGUUCAUGCCCUCUCACAGGAUCUCGAGGAUGGCGACCCCGCGGACUUCAUGAUCGCCUUCAACUGCAUCCAGCGCGCGAUGGAGUCGGACCGCACGGACUCUCACGAGGACAUUUGCCAGGUCAUGAACCGGCACAGUCGUCACGUGAUCGGCUUCGACACGUACGAUAAUUGGGAACAACGCGCGCUUGCGGCGGAGAAGACCGUCGAAGUGCUCAAGCAGAAGGUGCGCCAGCUUUAUGAUGAAGGGCGUGAUGUCGGAGGCGUCCACCGGCAGCUCGAGCGCCAACGUCUGCGCCGCGAGACGCUCGCCAUCCGCACCGAAGAGCUCGAGCGCUACAACGCGCAGCUCGAGCAAGAGGUCGCCGAUCGCACACGCGCCAUCCGUAACAUCAUCGACAACGUCACAUUCGGGUUCCUCAUCAUCGAUCGAGAGCUGCGCGUACAGGAGGGCUUCACGCGCUCCUGCGCUCAGAUCUUCGAGCGCGAGGUCCAGGCAGGAGACAACUUCGGAGAGUUGCUCGGGUUGUCUGCGCGCGAGCGAAGCCACCUCUUCCUUGGCGUCGAUCAGAUCUUCGAUGACUUCCUCGACGAAGAGGUCUCGCUCGGGCAGCUCCCGACGCGCUUCGAGCUCGAUGGGCGCGUGCUCCAGGCGGAGGGGCGCGUGGUGCGGUCGGCGUCGAAUGAUGUCACCGGCGUGCUCUUUACCUUGAGCGAUAUCACCUCGCUCGAGCGCGCUCGCCAGGAGAGCCAGCACAACGGAAACCUGGUGCGCAUCCUGCGGCAACGCGGCGCCUUCAUGCAGUUCGUGCGCGACAUGCACUCCACGCUGGCCACCGCCGCGGCGAUCGACGAACAAAUCGUCACUCGCCGCGCCGUCCAUACGAUCAAAGGCAACGCCGCAUCCUAUGGGAUUCAGGCCGUGGUCGAGCGCGCCCACGAGCUCGAGGAGCAAGAGCAGAUCGAUGCAGAGAGCCUCGGAUCUCUGGAAGACGCGAUGCGAGGUUUCCUGCAAGAGAACAGGCAGGUCCUCGACAUCGACUACGACGAGCGCGUGGCGCCCUCCUUCGAGGUCAGCGCCGAGCAGCUCGCCAGGCUUCGCGAGCUCAUAGACGAGGAUGACAAUGAGGAGGCUCUCCGCGCGUGGACAUCGAGCAUCGUCAAACGCCCGAUGCGAGAUCUGCUCGGUCCCGUGGAUGUGUUCAUCGACAAGCUCGCCAGGCGCCUGGAGAAGGAUGUCCAGUUCGAGAUCGAGGGCGCCGAUACGCUCGUCGAUGCCGAGUUGAUGCGCCCGAUCACAUCCAACCUCAAUCACCUGCUGCGAAACGCGAUCGACCACGGGCUUCGAGAGGCGCUGCUCGAGGCGCAACGCGCCAACGAGUCGAAGAGCCAGUUUCUGGCGAUGAUCUCGCACGAGCUGCGCACGCCGCUCAACGCCAUCAUCGGCUACUCCGAGAUCCUGUCCGAGAACUUGCAAGACCAGGAACACAUCGAAGACAUCGGCAAGAUCCAUGGCGCGGGCAGGCACUUGCUCGCGCUCAUCGACAACCUCCUCGACAUCUCCAAGGUCGAGGCGGGCGCGAUGGAGCUCAACCUCUCCUGGUUCGAAGUCUCGGAGUUGCUCAACGACGUCGCCGCCAUGGUCCUCCCCAGAAUCGCCGAGGACGGGAACCUGCUCGUGGUUCAUGUCGAGCCCGAGAUCGGGAAAAUGUAUGGCGAUCCGAUGCGUCUGCGGCAAGUCCUGCUCAACCUCCUCUCGAACGCGGCCAAGUUCACCGAUGAUGGGCUCGUGCGGCUCCACGCCAGCGGCGUGGAGCACGAGGGGCGCGAGUGCGUGCACUUUAGCGUCAAGGACACGGGCAUCGGCAUGAGCGACAAGCACCUCGCCAAGAUCUUCGAGCCCUUCGCUCAGGCAGACAGCUCCAUCGCCAACCGCUACGGAGGCACAGGCCUCGGGCUCACGCUCACCAAACGGUUUGUCGAGAUGAUGGAGGGGACCAUCGACGUCGAGAGCGCGUUGGGCUCGGGUGCGAACAACACCUCCUUCUUCAACAACACCCUGAACAACUCGGCCACGGUCAACAACACCGUCAACAACUUCGCCCCGAACGGCAGCACGCCUCCAAACAACCAGAGCUCGCCAAACUCCAACACGCCCAACGAUGGCUGCUCCGAAGGAUCGCUCGAGUGCGUCGACGAUCAACGCUUUCGGCGGUGUGUGGGCAAUGGUCAGGGCGGCACGGUCUGGAGCAACCCCUCGUUUUGCGACUACGCGAGCUGCUCGAUGUCGACGCAGCGCUGCUGCGACGUCCCAUGUGAUGAGGCGGGCCGCAAACGCUGCAUCUCGGGCAAGGUCCAGGAGUGCGUCGAAAACGACGGCUGCCUCGAGUGGGCCGAACCCGAAGCCUGCCUCGAGGGGCAGAUCUGCGGCGGCGAUGGCGUCUGCAUGAACGAGUGCGAGUCCAACUGUCAGCAGGGCGAUACGCGCUGCCUGAUGGAGGGCGGGCCAGAGUUCCAGACUUGCGUCGAGGUCGCGCCGGGUUGCUUCCAGUUCGGCUCGAACACCACGCAGUGCGGCGCGGGCAAGGCUUGCGAAAACGGGUUGGAGCUGGUCGCCGAGGGUGAGGGUCCCCACUACACGGUCUCGGGCACGCUCUCGAUCGAUGGCGGCGACCUGGUCAUCGAGGCAGGCACGAUCAUCGAGUUCGAGGAGAACUCCAGGCUCAUCAUCUCCGAGAACAGCAGCAUCUCCGCAGAUGGUACCGCAGAGGCUCCGAUCAUCCUUCGCGGAACCACACAGAGCGCGGGCCACUGGUUUGGCGUGCGCGUGGACUCGACCUCGCAAAAGAACAACCUGAACUACGUCACGAUCGCGCACGCUGGCGGCGACAACCUCGAGACCUUCUCCGAGCCCGCCAACCUGCUGAUCCAAAACGCGACGAUGAAGGUCACCAACUCGACCUUCACCGACUCCGACGGCUUCGGGAUCGCGCACCGCGAGGGCUCGGACUUCGACGCGUUCGAAAACAACACCUUCGAGAACAACAACAGCGGCGCGGUCGCUACCACGGUCAACAACCUCGGCGAGCUCGAUGGAGGAUCGACCUACAACGGUGUGGUCUGGGUCGAGGACGGCGAGACGAGCGAGGACGCGACCUGGCCAGCCAUCGACUCGAACUACGAGUUCGCAUCCAACAUCUCGGUCGAAUCCGGCGUGAUCACGCUCGAGCCGGGCGUGCAGAUCGCGGUGACCGACAGCAAGCGUAUCGGCUUUGGCGUCGACUCCACGAUCAUCGCCAACGGCACGAUGGAGGCGCCGAUCCGCUUCUACGGCAAGAACGAAGAGGCGGGGUACUGGCUCGGCAUCCGUAUCGACUCCAAGAGCACCGAGAACAGCUUCGACUACGUGACCGUCGAGCACGGCGGCAACGAUAACCUCGAGACCUUCUCCGAGCCCGCCAACGUCCUCCUCUACGAAGGACGCCUCAAGAUCAAGAACUCGACGUUUGCCAACUCCGAGGGCUUUGGCCUGACGAGCUCGGAGGGCUCGAACUUCUCGGAGUUCUCGAACAACGCGUUCAACGACAACGCCAGCGGCGCGCUCUACUUGAACGCGAACAACCUCGGCGAGCUCGAUAACGCGUCGACCUACAACGACCCCGUCCACGUCGAGGAUGGCGAAGUGACCGAGGACGCGACCUGGCCAGCCAUCGAUUCGAACUACGCGUUCAUCGAAAACGUCUCGGUCGAGUCCGCAGAGAUCACCAUCGAGGCGGGCGCAGACUUCGAGAUCUCGGACAGCAAGCGCAUCACGUUUGGCGUCGACUCCGCGAUCAUCGCAGACGGCACGAUGGAGGCGCCGAUUCGCUUCUACGGCAAGGCGCCAGAAGUAGGCUACUGGACCGGAAUGCGCAUCGACUCCAAGAAUGGCAGCAACCUGUUCAACUACGUCUCGGUCGAGCACGCGGGUGGCGACAAACUCGAGACCUUCUCCGAGCCCGCCAACGUCCUCGUGCACUCCGGUCGUCUCAAGGUCAACAACUCGACCUUCGCCUCCUCGGGCGGUUACGGCAUCGCAGACUCGAACGAGACGGACUUCACCGAGUUCAACACCAACCUCUUCGAGAACAACAACAGCGGCGCGAUGCACAUCAGCGCCAGCAACAUCGGCGAGCUCGAUAACGCCUCGACCUACAACGCCGCGGUCGUCGUGAGCCAGUCGGAUGCGGUGACCAACGACCAGACGUGGCCAGCGAUCGACUCUCACAUCGAGUUCGAGGCUUCGGCGAACUUCGAGGCUGGCACCCAGACGCUCGAGCCCGGCCUCGAGGUGCGCUUCGCGAGCGGGCAGCGCCUGAACUUCCGCGAAGACGCAGUCUUCGUCGCAGAAGGCACCAGCGAGGACCCGAUCGUCAUCCGUGGCACCACCGAAGCUCCCGGCUUCUGGGCAGGGCUCGCGUUCUUCACCAAGAGCACCGAGUCGCGCCUCUCCUACGUCACCAUCUCGCACGCGGGCAGCACCAAGCUCGCGACCUUCGUCGAGGAGGCCGCGAUCUCACUCGUCGACGCCAACCUGCGCGCCGGUAACGUCACCGUCACCGAGACCACAGGGUUCGGCAUCUUCGUCGAUGAUAACAGCGUCCUGACCGACGAGGGCGGCAACAACUGGGGCACCAACGGCGUCGGCGUCCCCUGA